AUGGUGGAAGCAAAUUCCAGGCCUAAUAAGUACACUUAUCCUCCAUUGUUGAAGGCUUGUGCUAUGUUGGGAGCUAUUGAAGAAGGUGUUCAAAUCCAUGCUCAUGUGGUGAAACAUGGACUAAGGGGAGAUGGGUAUAUAAAGAGUGCUAAAAUUCAGAUGUACACGUUGCAUGGGCGUGUGUUAGAUGCUCAGAAGGUGCUUGGUGAUGGAGGGGAUUCAGAUGUUGUUUGCUGGAAUGCCAUGGUAGAUGGGAAACAUGGAGAUGUUGAGUUGGGGGAGAGAGUGGGAAAGAUCUUGCUCAAAUUGGAGCCGGAGAACAGUGGCCGUUAUGCUUUGUUAUCCAACAUCUAUGCCAAGGCUGGGAGGUGGGAAGAUGUUGCAAACUUGAGGAAACUAAUGAAGCAAACAGGGGUCAAAACAAGUACAGGAAAAAGCACAAUUGAUGUUGGUGGAAGCGUUCAUGAGUUCAAAAUGGGAGACGGGUCACACCCACAAAUGCAGGAAAUCUACCUGAUGUUGCAGAAAAUCAUGGAGAAGAUAAGGUUGGAGGGGUAUGAACCAAACACCUCUCAGGUUUUGUUUGAGAUUGAAGAGGAAGAGAAGGAAACUGAACUUAGAUAUCACAGUGAGAAGCUUGCAAUAGCUUUUGGGCUCCUUAACACAGCACCAGGCAUGACUAUUCGGGUUGUGAAGAACUUAAGGGUAUGUGAGGACUGCCAUGAAGCCACCAAACUCAUCUCCAAAGUAUACAAUAGGGAGAUAAUCAUGAGGGAUCGAACGAGGUAUCAUCAUUUCAGAAAUGGAAUUUGUUCCUGUAGGGACUUCUGGUAG